AUGCCUCCACCCUGGGUUUUGUUCGAUAGUGCUGCUUCCUACGGAGGGAACUGCAAUGGUUCGGCGGAGCCAGACAUCGCUGGUGUUGGCGUGGUAAUCUCCUUCGUCCUCGCCAGUAUCAUGACUACCACGGCCUCCAUCCUCGCCAUGAUCCUUGACCAGGCUUUCGACUCUAAAGGCCGGUUUUCCCUACGAAGACCGGUGACAUACUUCAGAGACCACUUUUUGGAUACAGAAUGGAAGAAGGAUUAUGCAUGGCGUCCGUUUCUGGAUCCGUUGAUAAUUGGGCUUGGGGAUCAGCAGUUGAUCACAGGAUAUGCGGUAUUGCUUAGUGGAUGGAUCAAGGUUUCUCAACACACCUUUGCCCUCCAAGGCGCCCACUUCGUUCUCAUCCUCUACAUCUGCGCACUCUCAUCCUCCUCCCAUCUCGCCGCGCUCAUCACUCUCCGCAAAUACCUCUACAAAUACAAACUUAUCGCUCGCAUCCGCAUCACCCUCGUCAUCACCUUCGCCCUCUUUCUCCUCGCCUCUAUGAUCGCCGCAAUCGUAAGACCAACAAUGGUCGUAGCACACGACAACAAACUCGCCGAAACCCAACGAGACCGCGUACGACGGCUAUCAUUCGUCCUCCCCAUGUUCUUCAUCUUCUUAGGUUUCUCAACCGCGUUGGUGUGCGUAUUACAUCACCCCCAACACACAAUCCCAGGUUUGGCAAAGGAACGCUCCUCAGAUUCUUCCUCAGCCAAUUCCAUCCUAGGCCUCGUCACGCGCAAAAUCGCCGACUCAAACCCCCCGCAGACGACAGUGCCCUCGAACCUCGGUUUACGGGUCCUAUAUUAUCUCUUCCUGAACCCGCUCAUUGCGUUUAUCGUGCAGAUUAUCCUGGCCGUGCUAUCAGUUAUCCUGGUCUUGAGUCAGAAGUUUGCGAGACCAACAGAUGAGACGAAGUGGUGUGGGUUGCAGGAUUCGGGCGAGAAUACAUGGGGGUUUGGGCAGACGCUCAGUGUGGUUAUGUUGUUGUUGCCGGCGUUGAGUGCGGCGCAGACGUACCUGGAAGGGAGGCAUGAUAUUCAGGAGGGGUAG